AUGUCGCGUCCAUUGAAGCAAAGAGAAAUCGCCUGCGCCCGCUGCUUUCGUUUAAAGCGGAAAUGUGAUCACGCAAAGCCUACAUGUGGCGAAUGUCGCCGGAAAGGCGCUGAGUGUUUACCGGCCCGGUCCCGCAGGACGGGCGACAGUAUAACGGUUCCAUUGGCUUAUCUGAAAGAAUUGGAGAAGAGGGUGGCUGAAUUGGAGGGCCAUCACAGAAACAACGGUACUAAUGUUGAGUUGAGGGAUGUUGGUGUACAGACUGAUUCAAUUGAUGAGCUUGAUACGGAUACGCCGUCGGAUAAUAUAUGUAUGCUGUGGGAUCCUCGAGAUAAGUCGCCACCCUGGAAGCAGGAUUGGGUACCCGAGAUUAGUUUUUUAGCUUCACAAAGUCGGAUUUCAGGACCGUCUUCGCAAGUUUCGUUUACGGAUACGUUUACGUUGAGCGAUGAGACGUUAAACUUUUUACGACUGGAUAAGAGCUCUGUCUCUCCGUUGAUUGGGGAUGAUUCACCCUGGCUCACGGAGCUCUAUACGAAUAUCUAUUUCACAAUAACGCAUCGCGAGUGGCCUUUCCUUAACGAGUCGACGUGGAAAUCAUGGCAGAGCGAGCAUGUAUCAGAAGGAAGAGAGGAAUGGCGGAUUUUCUUUAUUCGCAUGGUUUAUGCUAUCGGUGCUUCAUUAUGCAGUACUAUGCAUCGAGAUCCUGCACACUCUACCCGCUCAAAGGAAUUGUAUACAUCUGCUAUGAGUUAUUAUCCACACGUUGUCGGUCACUCUUCGAUGGUCCUGCAGGUUCAGGCAUCGCUUCUCCUGAUCGUUUAUUCGUUACAUUCUCCAUCUUCAGAGGAGAUAGUGACUAGUGUCUCUUCGAUAGUGCCGUUUUGCACGGCCGCAAUGACGGAAAUAAGAAAAUCUGCUCGGGCAACUCGAGAUGGAGAGGUGACAGCUGCAUCAGGCGAGGUCCUGACCGAGAACAUGUUCAUCGCUUGCUACAUGUUGAAUGUCAUAAUUGCGUCUGGGUGGGACAGGCCGAUAUCCGAUGCGUACCAAGCAGUGGAAGAUGAUAUGUGCACACUAGGAGAUAUUAUUCAGCCCCCUCCGAACAUAAAUCCUGCACUCGCUCAUCUGUUUCGCCUGCGUAAAAUACAAACAAAUAUCAGACGAUCCGUUGAACGAGCUCGAUGGCAGAUCUCAGAAGAAAAAGAUGCCUUGAACUCUUCCUAUAAGGCUGCGCUGGAUGUAUGGCGACAGGAAAUCCCUCGAUACGGAACGCCAACAGUCUCAUGUGGCUAUUACCAUCCUAAUUGGAUGACAAAGCUGUACGAUUAUAGUAUUUUGAUGUUAUUAGAAGACAAGCAUAACUUCCUUGAUCAUGAGGGAACAGAAGAAAUCUUCUCAGCUGUUGUGCAAGUCUGUCUGAAAUAUCGCCGUUUACAAGAAGAAGGACAUGUGAUGUGUUUUACAUGGUCUGCGCUUGUGUAUCAAUUCCGAGCUGGAAUCAUGCUUCUGUAUCUGAUUUGGGCAACUAGACCCAUAACAGAUAGCGUAGAGAUUCAGCCGCAAAGUCCAACAUAUCACUCUCCCGAGGCAAUUGAAGCAUGUACGAAGAAUUUAGCUUGUUUUGCAGAACGCUGGGCCGAUGCCGUUCCAUAUUUGAAAAUUUUCGAGUUUCUGCAACAAAAGACACUCUGGGAUUUAGAUAUCACAUCUGAAACCCAUGUGGUGGCAUUGGAUGAGGCUGAAGCGUACCUCGAGCAACUGAAAGAAACCUAUCUUCAUCGAGCCAUUCUGGGAAUGGUGGAGGAUAUGAUGUACGGUGACUUUGCGCGAUUUGAAACACUACCGAGCGAAUUUAUGACAGGGAUAUUGUGA